AUGUCGGCUAUCCAGCAGGGCACUCUCAGCUUGUCCUUGCCCCUCCCUCGUUCGCUAGACACCCGCAUCUACCUGCGGCUCAGCACGCAAGCCAAGGCGCUGGUCGUCUCGCUCACCACCUCGACGCCGGAUGAGCUGGCGGCGCCGAAACCCAUGGGAUCUUUUGUCUACGCUUUGCCAAAUCGUUUCGAUGACAAACAGCCGCUCGCCACGACCUUGUUCGCUUCAGAGCCCAGUGUGGAAUUCACCACGCGCUUGGCGAAGCUAUUGGCGAGGAGGGUCCAGCUGCCCGUCUACGUUACCAAUUCGAUGAGUUUCGCAAACACCGGCAUGGGAGGGACUGUGGAGGAGGAAAUGGAGGCUUUCAAGGACAUUGCUCAGGUGACGCUGGACAAGCUCAGAGAUGCUGGUCUCGGGGCGUUGGCCGUAAAUGGGGACUCUUCCAGAUGA